AUGUCUCGUACCCAGGUCACUGAGACUGACGCUUCCAUUAUGGCCAACCAGCCGACCAACGAGCAAAUUGCACAGGACCCCCUUCACAUGGACUACCCGCCUGUACUCUACAGGUCCAGCCGGCUCCCCACUGUACCACCAUACUUUGGCCAACUGCGAGGCCGAGCGGUGUGGCCUCUGCACGAAGAGACGACCGCACGCCGCCACCGCCAGCUCGUCAACCGCCUGUUUGGCUACCAAGAGUACCCCCAUGCCGACCACUACAGCCGGGACGAGCCAGAGACGGACGGCUGGCUCACCGCUAGCAAGGAAGAGGACGACGGCACCGUGUCCAUCAAGUUCAACGCCGUCGACACCGUCCUGCCUCCUGUCAGCGAGCAGCCGUGCCCAGAGGGGGCAGCUCUACAUUACCUUGUAUACAUUGGCCCCACCCUGGUCAAGACCGAUGGCACGCAAAGCGAUCGACCAGCGCAUCGACCAGACAAUCACCGUCUUUCACCGGCGCGUAUGUACCAAGCCCUUGCGCCAGCGAAAGACGGUGAUCGUCUGGUCGAUGCGCUGGCCAUCGCUUUGCGUGCCAUCGGUCUUGACCAGGGUGGGGCAAAGUACGUGCCCGUGUGCCACCGGUGCCAUCGCCACGACAUCACCCAGUGCUUUGGGAUCAAGAGCGCUGUUAUCGACGGCAACUGCAUCUACUGCUUCUUCAAAAAGCAUUUCAAAGCGGUACAGUAG